AUAUAAUCUUCAUCGUCCUCUCCGCCUCACUCCGUGUCUCUUCUGCUGAAUAUCCGAGUCUCUGAAUCGAAUUGAGCUGGUGUAUUGCGAGAGAGCGAGUCGGAGGCAAAAAAGAAAAAAAACCAUGUCGGACAGUGAGGAGCACCAUUUCGAGUCCAAGGCCGAUGCCGGAGCCUCCAAGACUUAUCCCCAACAGGCCGGUACCAUCCGUAAGAAUGGCUACAUCGUUAUCAAGGCCCGCCCUUGCAAGGUGGUUGAAGUUUCCACCUCCAAGACUGGCAAGCAUGGUCAUGCUAAGUGCCACUUUGUUGGGAUUGAUAUUUUCACUGGAAAAAAACUUGAAGAUAUUGUGCCAUCUUCCCAUAACUGUGAUGUUCCCCAUGUUAAUCGUACUGACUACCAGCUGAUUGAUAUCUCCGAGGAUGGAUUUGUGAGUUUGCUGACUGAAAAUGGGAACACAAAGGAUGAUCUGAAACUGCCUACCGAUGACAAUUUGUUGACCCAGAUCAAGGAUGGGUUUGCUGAUGGUAAGGACCUGGUUGUCAGUGUUAUGUCCGCAAUGGGAGAGGAGCAGAUUUGUGCUCUGAAGGACAUUGGCCCCAAGUAGUUUAUUUAUAAUAAUUGGAGGGCUGCUGUUGCAAAUUUAGCGGAAUGAUUUUUCUUGAGCCUUCUGUAGCUUGCUUUCCUUACAGACUCUGGGUAUACUUGGUGGUUGCGCGGAUGGAGUUCUGUGGCUCGAGAAAGAAGUUUUAUUAUCGUUUUAUGUUCUGUGAUUGUUUUUUACAGACCGUUUUCUGCAUCUGGAUUGCUUCCUCCCUCCCUACUCCCUCAAUUGUGUUUGUUUCUUCGUUGAUGGGAAUGUAAAAGGACAUAGAAAUCAUAAGUGCUAACGUGCAGAGAAGGAUACUCAUACAAGAGGUCCAAUGAAAUGUGAUCGUAGAACACUUAUUCCAGAAAAUUAUUAUCAUUUUAGGUGUAAA